ACAAACAUAUCCCUAAACCACAAACACUCCAAACAAACAUAAUCACACAAAAAAUUCCAAAUUCAUAUUCCAACAACAAACCCUCCCCAGGCUUUUACAGAAGGUGGGAAUUUGAGUAGAAAGGGGGUGAUGUGGUGGAUAUUUUGAUUUUGGAAAGGUUAAGUUUUUGGUUAAUUAGUGAAUCUUUGAAUGAAAAAUUUCUGAUUUUUAUUUUUGUUGAUGUGAUUUUCUGGUAAUUGUUGUUGAUGGGUUUGAAGAAAUCAAUAGUUUGUGAAUUGUGAUCUUUUUUGCUGCUAGAGUUGGAUAAUUUAAGGUAAAGAUGGAGGAAAAUACUAGUUCGUGGUUACAACGGGCGAAGUAUUCUCAUACGGUGUGUCAUCGAUUGGAUACGUCGAGGAUGAAACCGACUCCGUUCAACGAUCAACUAGAACAGGAACAAAAUUCGAGGUUUUCUUCGUAUGUUAAGCGGAAUCUUUUAACCAACAAGCAGAGAUCUUUGUCGCCGUUGCCGAAGAAUUUUAUUUCCGAUGUGUUUAGAGAAGCCAAACAUGAGCAGAAGAGGUUCUCGACGCCGGGUCCGAGGAGGGACAAGAGGAUUAUGGGAAAGGUGUCGUUGAGCCAGGAAUUACCCAGGGUGUCGAGUUCGAAAUCGCCUUUUUCGAGUCCGAACAAGCAAAAGAUGCCAAAGGGGCUUACGAAGGAUUCUUCGUGGGCUAAGCUUUUUGAAAGCGGCGGCGGUGGAAAGGUUACUGCUUUGGAAACGGCGGAGGAAUGGACUAUUGACAUGUCGAAGCUGUUUCUUGGACAUAAGUUCGCUCAUGGCGCUCAUAGUAGGCUUUAUCAUGGUGUAUAUAAAGAGGAGAUUGUAGCUGUUAAAAUGAUUAGGGUACCUGAUGAUGACGAUAACGGAGAAUUGGCUUCUCGAUUAGAGGAUCAGUUUGUUAGAGAAGUCACUCUCUUAUCUCGCCUUCAUCAUCGAAAUGUCAUAAAGGUGAUUACGAUAACACAUCUUCUCUUUUGCAUGUUGAUCUUCUCUGAUUACGAUAACAUAUCUUCUCUUUUACAGUUCAUAGCUGCGAGCAGCAAUCCCCCGGUUUAUUGUAUUAUCACAGACUAUAUAUCCGAAGGCUCGUUGAGGGCUUAUUUGCAUAAGCUGGAGCGCAAAACUAUUUCUCACGAAAAGUUAAUCACUUUCGCUCUGGAUAUCGCUCGUGGGAUGCAAUAUAUACACUCUCAAGGUGUCAUUCAUAGGGAUCUUAAACCAGAGAACAUCCUUAUUGGUGAAGACUCUCGUCUUAUACUUGCUGAUUUCGGCAUUGCCUGUGAAGAGGCCGUAUGCGACCUAUUGGCUGAUGAUCCUGGAACAUAUCGUUGGAUGGCACCUGAAAUGAUCAAACGAAAAUCCUACGGGAGAAAGGUUGAUGUGUAUAGUUUUGGGCUUAUCUUAUGGGAAUUGUUGACCGGAACAAUUCCGUACGAGGAUAUGAAUCCAAUCCAGGCUGCUUUUGCUGUUGUGAAUAAGAAAUUAAGGCCGAUUAUUCCUCCAAGCUGCCCACCUGCAAUGCGAGCAUUAAUCGAGCAAUGCUGGUCGCUGCAACCCGACAAGAGGCCUGAUUUCUGGCAGAUUGUCAAGGUAUUAGAGCAAUUUCAAUCAUCUCUCGCACGUGACGGAACCCUGACGCUGGUGCAGAGUCCUCGUUGCCAAGAUCAAAAGAAAGGGCUUCGCCAUUUGAUGCAAAAGCUUGGUCCGGUUAAUCAAAAUAGCUACAGCGGCCCUAAGCCUAAGCCGAAAUUCACAUGAGUUUUUGAAAGUGCCCUGGCAUUUCUAGUAAACCAGGUUCUUUGUAAUUACAAAUGGAAGGUUUGUUUUUUUUUGGUUAUCUGGUUAAAGUCAACUUUAUGAUAACUUUAUGACAUUCAUGUGAUUGUAAAUUUGUUUUCUAGGCAUGCACAAUUGAGGUGAAAGUA